AUGUCAACCGUUUUUGCAUCCGAUGUACGGUACUGCAACAAUAACAAUGUUAUCAACGCCAAAGAUUUCACGCUCCAGGAAUCUGCUGAUAACUCGCAUCUUGCUGCAUUGGCCAAGCAUUUUCAAGGCGUCGGAAAAAAUGUCAGCGUAACGGCCGUUUUAGAAUCGGCCAACCGGGCGCUCAACAAGGGUUCUCCGCCGGUCGGUACGGGGUCCCCGUCUGAAGCUUGGGCAUGGAACUCAGGUGAUUAUGAGACGACAAAGUGGACACCCCAAGGCAUAACCAGCUCAGCUGAUGCUCUUGGGUCCGGUACAUGGAACGAUCAUGAGGCGUGGAUUGUCAGCUGGCAUCGUGAGGACAACAAAAGUGUUCGACUUAGCUUUGUCGAUCGCACAACCCAUGAGUAUCGACAUGUACUUCUAGUCUAUCCUACUGAGGAUGAUGACUUCAAGGAGGUUGCUGUGCACGCCGGUGGCAUUGCAUGGUAUGGUAACAUCCUAUACGUUGUGGACACAGUGAACGGCAUCCGUGCGUUUGAUUUAGAGAACAUCUGGGAAGUCGAUAUUGCCGAUGGGGUUGGGAACCUUGGCGAUGGUAAGGGGUAUUCGGCUGAUGGAUAUCGAUAUGUCCUCCCUCAAAUCUACUGGUACAAAUGGACUCCUGGAACGGACUCGCCCUUCCGAUUCUCUUGGAUCUCUCUUGACAGAAGCGACUCACCAGAUACUCUUCUGGUUGGUGAAUUUGUGCGUGAGGGAGAGGUCGACGACAACAACGUUCCUGUUCCGAUUCGACUUGUCAAGUACGACCUGGACUAUACAACACGUCGCCUGCGCACCGAUGAUACUGGCCUGGCUACUGCGAGCUGGGCUCACUGUGUUGAUAUUCUUCGCAUGCAAGGUGGAGUAUCUUAUGAGAAGAAGUUCUAUUUGUCGCGCAGUAACGGCCGCGACCCAAAAGCUGGUGACCUUUGGACUUGGAAGGAGGGUGAAGCUGCGAAGGAAUUUCCUGGGUGGUUCAUGGCUGGCAAUGAAGAUCUCAGCUAUAACCCAGUACGCAAGGAGUAUUACACAGUGACCGAAUAUGACGGAGGCCGAUAUAUCCUCUCAUAUAAGGUAUAA